AUGCCCCUCGGCGCUGCGGACCCGACGCCGCUCUACACCCUUCCCCUCCCGACAUCCCUUGGUGCGACGAGCUGCACGUGGGUCUCUCCCUCUGACGUUACGAGCGACAUCCUUGUGGCUGCUGGUGGUGUCGACCGCGCGACGCACGUUUACCAGCUUCCGUCUCUCGAGCCCGACAUCGCCGCAAGCGAGGGUGCGACCGCUCGUGAGAUCUACACCCUGAUGGGCCACACCGGUCCUAUCUCGUCCGUCAUCACCUCGCGAACAGGCAAGGACAUCGUCUCGGCGUCGUGGGACUCGACUGUCAACCUCUACGUCGUCCCGGAGUCUGAGCCAGACUCGCACCAGGUCGACGCCGAGCCGACGUCGUACCUUCCGGGACAGAAGAAGCGGCGCAAGCUGCACGGCGACGCGCCGCGAAACAUCGAGGGUCUGACUGAUGGCGACGCCGGAGCCGCGGGCGAGGGAUGGCGCCGUCUUCCCGACCUCCAGUUCCGGGGACACCGGGGGCGUGUCGGUGCUGUCGUGUGGGACGUGAACGAGGACCUGCGUGUCUGGUCUGCGGGAUGGGACGGCAGCGUGCGACAGUGGGACGCCGAGACGGGCGCCAACGUCCUCACCCGCCAGGGACCGGCGGACAAGGCGCUCCUCUGUCUCGACCAGUUCCAGGGCAGCGGCCAGCUCGCCACCGGAUCCAUGGACCGCACCGUCUCGCUCUGGGACACGCGCCAGGCCGCCUCCGUCAUUGCCCAGAGCCUCAACGUCGGCUCCCCCGUGCCCUCGCUCCAGUGCCACCCCCGCAGCUCCUUCACCCUCGCCACGGCCACCUAUGCCGGCAACGUCCAGAUCUGGGACGUCCGAUCGCCCAAGCACGCGCUCUUCAGCGUCAGGAGACAGGGCGAGCUCAACCGCACCGAGACGAAGAACGGCAAGGUCCUCGGCGAGCGUCUCCUCGCUGUUGCUUGGGACGGCGAGGUCCUGGCCGCCGGUGGCGAGGACGGAGAGGUUGGCGUGUGGAAGGCGAGGGGCGAGUAG